UAUUCAAUUGGUUGUGUGUUAAAUUAUGAUUUCGCAGCAGUUGUAAUACCGGGACAGCGUUGUGACAACAAAUCGAUUCAAUGCAGUAAUUAUUUUCAGGUGGCUCUCGUUUGUCCACUUUGGCGCGACUCGCGUGCAAAACAAACAUGACGGACUUGUGACGAUUGUUUCGUUUGUUUCGUCGUUUGUUUGCACACUUUGGCCGAGGGGGAGAACAAAAAAAAAAAAAAAAAAAACGAGGCCACGGAAGUAGCGCAUACCACCCGAUAAUGUGUGGCGAUGUCUUCAAGUCCAAUCAACAAACUGCAAAUUCUCUGGGAUCAUUUUAUACGCUCGGAAUCUCAAAGCUACGAGAAAUCCUGUUGGCUGGAUGUGUUUCUAGCCGAGCUGCUGGCUCUGGUUAACGAAGGCCACGACGUCAAGGAUGCCCUCUCCUUCUGCUCGGUCGGCGAAGGUGGCGUGGCCACGCUCGUCGGGUGCGAGCUACUAGCCGACGUGCACCGGCUGUGCCACCAAGCGGUAGCCACGCCAGCCCUCGACAGCCCCCACAGCAACACCGAGUCGGAGCUACAGGCGCUCCGCGUCUACUUGACCCGCGAGAGGGGCUGGCGCUGCUUGGCGAUCCUCCACCUGCUGGGGGUGCGCGAGCUCAGCUGCGCCAGGGAACUCGUCGCCCUACUGAUCGCCCUCUACCCCCUUCUCGCCUACCAGGAUCCCCACGGGGAGGAAGAGCCGCGGCCCAAUCCCUACCUCGGCCUCGACCGCGACGAUGCCGACCCCGACUCGCUUGGCCUCGCUACACCCAGGGACCGGCCCACCACCAGCAAAAGGAGGAAGAAGAAGAGGCUACCGCCCCGAAGCUUCGCACCAGGAAGGAGGGAGACGAGGAGGGCGGAGGAGGAGGAGGAUCACAGGGGCAAGGAUGGUUUCUUGGUGCGCCAGAGGCGCUGCCGGCAGAAUCGCAGGUCCGUGCUCGAGCGGCAGGUGCGGUCCGGCAGCGAGUCCGAGCAGUCGGAGAGCGACGAGGCCGCGGCGGGCCGGCUCCUGGCGCUCAAGCUCCGGCUGAACACCGUGGACUUUGAGCACAGCGAGGACGAGCCCACGGCCAUCGACUGGGAGCCACCGACGCCCCAACCGCUGGACCAGCACCUCGACCCGGGACCGUCGCGCGGCAGGUGGCUCAUGGCCCUGGACGAGCGGGGCCGGGCCGUCCUCGAGCGCACCGCCACCAGGUACGAGGUGAGCCUGGUGGUGCUGCGGCUGCUGUUGGGGCUGCCCGACGCAACCUCGGCCGUGCUCGUGAUCAAGUUCGCCCUGGACAGCCUUUGGUCCCUCCAAUUCACCCGGGACGGGCCAUUCUCGGGACUCGAGCGGGCCGGCUUGCGAGCGGCGGCGGCGCGCCUCGUCCUGACCAGCCUCGAGCGGGCCCUCCGCACCAACGGCCCCGACGAGCCCACCGGCCCACUGGUCCGCGAAGGCCUGCUACCCGUGACCAUCAAGCUCCUGGAGGACGCCUGCGCCAAACUUACAGCCCCCGGGGAGCUCUCCCCCGAGGAGGCGACGUUCCAGCAGGAGUUCAUCUUUGCCACCCUGCACAGUCUCCUGAGCUUCCUGCUGUGGCUGCCGCGCCGGAGCGCCAGCGUUGGGGGCGCUUCGGGCGACAUCGGCGAUGGUGGACAAGGGCUCCGUGGCUUCCUCGAGCUGCUGCGGCUGUUCAACGCCAGCCAGGGUGGCCGGCUGGCCGAGCGCGCGGUCCUUCUGGUGCUUCGGUUGCCGGGCGUUGACGCCGGCCGGUCGGUGAGCCGUGCCCGCAAGCUCGUCGAGAUGCUCGGGCUGCUCGUGGUGGCGCUCAAGCGGGCGCGACACGGGCUGGCCCAGGCGAGCCGGCACCGGCGUCUACGGUCGCGGAACACCCGUGGACACGGCUGCCCUCCAUCGGAGACCUGCGACCACCACCACGCGGACGAGCUAGGGGCUCCGUACCAUCACUACUGUCGCAGCACCGAGGCGGUCUCGGGCUACUGCUCGGUCUCGGCGCUGUUUGCCACUCUGGCGGCGCUGCUGCGCGAGAGCCCGGGCUUCGGGGCCGAGUUCCAGCUGCGCCUGGUCAAGGUGAUGAGCUCCUCGGGCGCCUGCUGCUGCUUUCCCCCCAAGGUGCUGCUGGCCAGCGCCGUGUCGUUCCUCAAGAGGGCCAACUCGCAGGCGUACCAGCCGACCGCGGCCCUCCUCGAGCGGGUCGUCUUCAAGGAGCUCGGUGGCUACCCGUACCCCGAGGACGAGCACGGCUGCGAGCUUUGUGCCGCCGUUCCGGCCGAUGCUCGCUCCUGGGACUUUGUGGAGCUGUACUCCGAGAUUCUCAGCCCGGACAAUGAGAAGUUGUGCCACGCGACCAUGAGGCAUCUGCUCCGGGUCACCGCCGACUCGGGCUCGCCCGUCAAACAGGAGCUGCUGUUUCGCGUCUACUACCCGACCUUCGUCAGGGUUAGAGCCGCGCUGGGCAGAGCCGAGGCCCCGACCCUCAAGUUUCUGGUCCAGUCGUGCCUGUCGGCCAUCACGGGCCUGAUCGUCAACGCCAGCACGUACCAGAGGUUCCUCGAGACGAACGGGCUGCAAGAGGUGCUGGGUCUACUGGCGGACCAGGCUUUUGUGAAAAACGUGUACGCGCUCCUGGAAAUAUCCGUGAUUAUGGAGAUAAAGAUCGCCAGCUUCGGCGAGGAGGUGAGACUGGAGGGCGAGAGUUCGCCGAGGCCCGCGACCAGGACGCUGUUUGAAUUUUUGGAGAGGGGCACCGACGCCCUGCUCAACGCCCUGCACGGCGACAGCGGUGGUGACGUUAAAGCGGGAGAAGACAAUCCGGAGAGGAGGGCCGUUUUCCACCAGGCGAGCGGAGUUUGGAGGGCAGUGGCCGGUGUCGUGCUCUGUAGUCCCAAGUUUCGUUCCGAGCUCAAGGAUCAUCCGAUCUUUGGCAACGCGUUGUCACUCACCGAGAAACUGGCAACGUCCAUUGCUGCUGGACGCUUCGAUGGAGGAAAUAAAUUUGCCACCAGGUUGUUCGAGGCAAUACUCACGUGCUGCCUCGUGGCUUCGAUUCCAAACGAAAACGACAUCAUCGAUUCGCUCGCGAGUGCACUCAUCAAUCCCACGGUGAAACUGAACCAGGGCGUAGGCUCCAUAGUGGAGAUCUUGCUUCAGAUUUCAAUGCUCCGACCCAGUCAAGAACAAAUAGUUCCUCAACAAAAUCGAACCAGAUUGUCGACCGUAACGAUGGACUUUUCCGCGGAUUGGGAGAAAGCCGAUGACAGCAGUCCCGGGGAGUACAUAACCGCCGAUGACGGCUACGAAGCUGACGUCGAAGUUCCGAUAAAGACUCAUCCCGACGUUACGCUGAAGCGCGUCAAUCACUUGGGCUCGGCGUCCGAGCUGAUCCGAGGGAACGCCAAUGCUCAUCCGACCCUUUGCUCUCUAGCCAUCGACCUUCUGAUCUACUUUGCCAAGCAAGGCUUGGGCAAAGAACGAGUCGAAGUCAUCGUGCACGCGCUGAGAAGGGUGUCGAUUAUUUGCAAAGAAAGCAUUUCCAGCUGCGCAGCUCUGGCUGGGACUGGAGCGAUAAUGAGACUACUCCAGGGUUUCCAGAGUGUCCUGGAAAAUCGAAAUCCCGAGUACGAAGAACUCCAGCACGCAGUCCUCGAGUUGUUCACCCUCUUGGCCAUGCGAUCGAUCUCUCCGGCGGAGCUGGUGUCGUACCUCGCCUGCUUCAAGGCUCCAGCGCCUCCGCUUUUGGCUCUGCUGCAGCCGCUCUACCGCCUAGUGCUCACUGCCAAGCCACAGCCGAACUUUAUACUGUCGUUUCCCACGACGCCCUUGGAGGAUUCGGUUACGAUAGACUGGGGCGAGAUCAAGAACCAGGAGAAGGCGGAGAGUCUCGUGAAUAACUUUCGGAGGAAGCACCUGGCCCAAGAGGUAUGCAGCCCGUGGUCGGUGCACGCGGUCUGCCUGCCCGUCAGCAGCGAGAUCUCUUGGUCCGUGUGGCUGCAGGGCUGCUCGGCUUCUCUAUGGCUGCGCGUCGAAAGGGGAGGCAUGAGUACCAGCAAUCGAGGCCUACAAGUCGUUUACGACUCGACUUUGAGCUCCGAAAGCGACAGCCUCUCCGACUGGGGUUUGCUGUCGGACAACUGGAGCCGCGAAGUUUUUGUUGGAUCUUCGACGCCGCCGAUGCCCACUUCCAUACUCCACAUGCUGUCCAUUGGCUUUGAAUCGCUAGUCCUUGAAUCGUGGCUCGACUUGAAAUCUGAUAAAUUGAUUUUGCGCCUCACGCGGCCGGACGAUAAGGCGAAUCGCACAAUUUCGGAGACUUCGAUAAAUGGGAUGUUGCCGUCGGGUCGUUGGCAUCACUUGGCCCUUAAUUUGGAAGAUACGAUUCUAAACAAGCACAGCGCGGUGGUCGAAGUUGCGAUUUGGGUGGACGGCUGGAAAGAAAUCCGAGCGCAGUUGCCCUUUGACGGACUACUGGUCAGGAAACCAGGAACAACGUGUGUCAUGGUGGGCCAAGUGGGCCAAAGUGCUGUCGGUGCUUGGUAUUUGGGAAACGUUAUGCUGUUUAGGUGUCCAGUAUUUGAUAACAAAAAGGCCUUGUAUCUUGCUAGUCUAGGGCCUAAUUACACGAAUCUUGCCGAAUGUAUUUUAAGUAGUAUUAAUCCAGACUUUGCCACGCUCAUUGCCUCGGGGGCAUUGAACGGAGUUCAGGAACUGAAAACUGAGUACGAAAAUCUCGACUCGAACAAAAAAAAGUCCUACGGAGGUGCGAAGUACGCUGUCGAGUUAUGUAUUUCCGACUCGAAAGUCGACUGGGACUCGCUGAUGGAUGCGACCAGUGUGCACCUGAGUGAUUUACAAGAUAGCUUGUUACUAAGUUUCGAGGCACAGAAGCCUCACAUCGUUCACUUGUACCCCCAAUCCGUUGCCAGUGCAAAUGGUACGUUGGUUAAAAAUUUAUUCCCGAGUCAACCCGGAUUCCGAGUGAUUUCUGUGCCAGAGAACAAAGUAUCGCAGCAACCUCCGCUUUCUCUGCCAUCAAUCGCGGUUGGCAAAUUGCAGUGUCAAAGCUACAAGGGAUUGGUGUCGUCGGCUAGCUUGAUUGGCGGGAUUCCUGUUUUCCUGUACUUAUUCGCCAGAGUUGUCGAGCUUGACUCCAAGGAGGAAGAACAGGCGAUGGCACUCUCGGUGGCGUUGCACCUGGCGCGCAGCGAUUCCGAAAUGUUGACCCAGUACAGCUCGGAGGGUGGGGCGUUCGUUCUCCUUAAAGUCCUGGAGUCACGGCAGUGCUUCUCCGGCAAGCACAUGCUCAAGUCGGUGCUCGAUGCCACCUGCGAUUUCCCGAUCCUCGUUAAGGACGCCGAAGGCGACAGCCACCUGAUUUCUCAGAACAGCGAGGCGGUCAUCAUCGACCCCGAACUGAUGAAAUGUGCGCUCGAGGCGUGGAGGACUUGGGCGAUGCACAACACCCUGAAUCUCCUGAUCGAAGCGAUGCUGUUCCUUUUGAAGGACCAACACCCGCACAGAGAGUUUAAUGCGUCUCAGCUGAAACGCGCUCGGAUAGUCGAAUCGAUACUCGUUAUGUGUAAGGAACAUUUUUUGUACGAAGAUGUCGAUGUCUCGUUGGACGCCAGCACAGGCAGUGCAAUCGUAGAAUUAUUACGAGCACUGAUGGGUGCCCCGCCCGAAUUUUCUCAUCUAGUCUUGAUUACGGAUUACCUGAUACUCGUCCACAAAGCCACGGAAACGUACGUAACUCACUCGAGGCACAACAUGUACUUUCUACUGCAACCGUUGGAAGAAACGCGAUCGUCUCUGACGAAGAGCCUCCAGGAUUCCAUGUCGAGCGAAACGAUCAAUACCCUGGAGAACAGCAAAUUGAACAAAGCCCUGGCCAAUGAACAGAUCCAGAAGGGAAGCGCGUCGAGGGUACCGAAGGACGAGGAGUUUGCGGGGGAAAACGACGCGUCGUCCCAGGGUCAAGACACUAGUGCCGGCGAGGACUCGGGCAUCGCAGCGAGCGAAGGCUCGAACCAGCAGGCGAACGAAAAACAGCCGAGCCAGGCCGACAAGAAGAGAGCCUGCCAGGGUCUGGUGUGCGAAGGGCUUCUCUUGCUCCUGAGGGACGCCCUGCGGGUCUUGCCGGACUCUCAGAUCGGAUCGGCACUGAAGCAGGUGUUUCGCGUCGAGCUGCUGCUCGUUCUGUCCAACAAUCCCGACGCCAGGGUUCGCACGGCCCUCGUCAAGGUCAUACAGGUUUACCUGCAGCGAGCCAGCGACGAGCUGGUCAACAAGUUCAUCAAGCAAAAGUACUUUGUCCACUUGGCCCAUCAGAUUUCGCUGUACCCGGGUAGCGAGCCACUAGUCGUCACGCUCGAAAACUUGGCCCUCAAGAUACCGGGUCUUGCUGCGAUGCCGCCGGUCUUGGCGAUGAUUCCAAGGGCAGCGGCUACCGACGUCAACGUCGCCAAGCCCCUCGUCUCGUUCGUCACGGAACUCAUCACCAAGACGUCCAACGCAUUAAAAGUACUACUGGAGCAAGGCCUGAUGGAAUCUAUUGGCAGAAGCAUAACGAACGGGGCUCACGUUUCCGGCUCUUCCUCGCUCUACAGGGACUUGCACGUCCUAUUGGUGACGAUCGCGACGAAACUCCUUGACGCCCCGGGCAACUAUCACAUGCACACCGUGGCUGAGCUCCACGUCGUACUCAACUAUGCCGAGUUCAAGGAGAGGGCGCAGUGCGGAGCCAACAAGAGCUGCGUCUCGGCGGUGAGGGACGCCCAAGUCGCUCUCUUUGACGGCGAACUCGACAUCCUGACCUCAAAGGUCUCCAGCCACUCGGGUUUCCGGUUGAAGAGCACCGCCUCGUACAUUGCAUCGAUCUCUUACACGACAGCCCUGACGACGUCCAGCGAGCACAGCGACCACGGCUCGCGUUCUUUGAGCUACUCGAACCUGCCGAUUGGCUUGAACAGCUUGAGCCGAGAGCCCGGCAAGGGUGAACUGAACGACCGUUUCCGGAUGACCCUGAACCGGGUCGUGGAUUUCCUGACGACGGCCGACGACUCGCCAUCGGUCAGCGAGCUCCAGCUGAGCAAGAGGCUGUUUGCGAUCCUCCUGCACGGCAUCUCGUCGCCACUCAACAAGAAGAGCUACUGGGUGAACGCCUGGUCGGCCAAGUCCGCGCUCCGCAAAAACACCGCGAGAAUCAUGGUCUGGCUGAUGGGGCCCCACCAGAGCAACGGCACGAGGGUCUACGCGGUGCGCACCCUCAUGGAGGAGCCAAAGACCAAGGAGAUCCUGACCACCCUGCUGGAGGUCCAUCCCCAGAUCGAGCAGAAGUUCAGCGUAUUCUUCUGGGACUUGCUGCAGAAGCGGGACGAGAUGUCGUGCGCCGAUGCACGGAUGUGCUUGGAUCUCGAGGAGGCGCUCCAAGUGUGGGAGUUGGCCAAGAAAGUCGAGCAGAACAGCUCGGAAACCUGGACGGAGGAGCUGGCCCUGCUGAGGCGCGAACUCACGAAGGAGAGAAACGCCUGGAUUGAGAACCAACUGGCCGCCAUUCAGAGAAUGUCCAAUAAAUUCGAGCCUCUGGCGAAGCAACUGACGGAGAGCGCAAUGUCUUUGACUCGAACGGUGGUGGAGGAGCAAAACAGGGAGCGCAAGUUGCUGAUGGAAAAAUUCAAGUACACGCGGAGUCUGGAGGCCCGAGUGAUGGCCCAGUGGCGGGAUAUCAUCAAGAGGCUGACUCACGAGCGAGCCCCCUGGUACUUCCCGGAGAGGUAUCCGACGAGCUGGGAGCUCGAUCCAACCGAGGGUCCCGCGAGAGUCCGAAUGAAGCUGCAGAGGUGCCACCUGAACCUACCGUCAAAGUUCUUUUUACCCGAGCACAAGUACAAAUCAGAAGCGAGCGCGGUAGAGCCUCCGAUGUCCUUUUUAUUUAACAGCGGCAAGCCAGAGGCUAGCGUGAGCAUGCUGAUCGAGAGAUUGCACACGAGCGAGAAAAUUCAAAAAAUGUCACCGGCUAAGGUGGUCACGCCUCAAGCUGACUUGUCCGGCGAAGCAUUGAUCGGGGAAACUUGCUUCUACUUUGUGCCCGAUACUCCCAGCGCUUCUCUCCAUACCGAUAUUGCUCUGGGUGGUUUGGACCUAGCAAUGGCGGGUGGGACGGUUUGGCGUUUGGAGGACAUACGAGAGCUACAUCGUCGUAGAUACCAACUUCAGGAUAGGGCAAUCGAAAUAUUCCUAAUAACGGGACGAACUUACUUGAUGGCUUUUGAUUCUCCUAAGGAAAGAGAAGAAUUCGUGCUGGAGCUUUCCAAGUGCAAUUUACCGAGACGCGUUCCAGGCGACGAUUUGGGAGAAGCUUUGAAUUUAUGGCGCAAUGGGACCUUGACCAAUUGGGAAUACAUUACGUGUUUGAAUAAAUUGGCUGGACGGUCUUACAACGAUUUAAUGCAGUACCCGGUCUUUCCAUUCGUCCUUGCCGAUUAUACGAGCGAAAAAAUAAAUUUGGAAAAUCCGAGUAUUUAUAGGAAUUUUAAGAAACCCAUGGCAGUGCAAGACAAGAAAAAUGAACAGCAUUACAUCAAUAAUUAUAACUACCUCAAGCAAUCGAUAAACGAGGGCGUAAAUUUAAUCGCUUUGAACAAAGAGCCUUUCCACUAUGGUUCUCACUACAGUAAUUCGGGAACAGUUUUACAUUUCUUAGUACGACUUCCGCCCUUUACCAGCAUGUUUCUCAAUUAUCAAGACGACAGCUUUGACAUUCCCGAUAGAACGUUCCACGCUAUAGCUACGACUUGGCGUCUAACAAGUUGCGAUUCAACUACGGAUGUAAAAGAACUCAUACCUGAAUUCUUUUACUUGCCAGAGUUUCUUUUGAAUUAUGAAGGUUUCGACUUUGGAGUCAGGCAAAAUGGUUGUCCAGUUGGAGACGUGGAAUUACCAAAGUGGUCAGGUGGCGACGCGAGACUUUUCGUUUUGGCGCAUAGAGCGGCCCUCGAAUCCGACGUAGUUCGAGAAGUUCUGCCUUAUUGGAUAGAUUUAGUAUUUGGAUUUAGACAGACAGGCAAGCCGGCAGUCGAAGCUAUAAACGUUUUCCAUCCAGCAACCUACUAUGGAUUUGACGCCGAACAAAUACAAGAUCCUCUUGAGAGACAAGCUUUCGAGACGAUGGUUAAAACGUAUGGUCAGACACCUGCACAGCUAUUCAAAACUCAGCACCAAUUGCCUGCACAGAAUCUCGCUCUUACGGCUGACUCUGAUGUAUUUCAUGUAAUGGAAAGUGUUGAAGGUAUAAAGUGGGGUAAUUAUGUUGGGGCUCCAAGUAACGAGCCAAACAUUUGCUGGAAGCAUAAAUACAGAAUUCCACUCGCUUCACUUGUGCCUUUAGCGACGGGAGAGGUCUUUGGUUUGCCGGCAUGCACCACCUUAAUUCUUGCCUAUUCCAAAGGUAACAACAGUAUGUUGAGUAGUAUAUCAGUUCAAGGCGCGGGAUUGAUAUCUUGGAACAGUAGUGACGGAAUUGCCAGGAUGAAGACCAAGAAAGAACAACCACCCAAGCCGCUGAUAAGAUCUUUGGGCUUAGAUUCUAUUUCCAUCAUGAAAUCUUCGCCAGACUGUGAGCAACUGUGGAUUGGAUAUGUCUCUGGUCGUAUAGUAGUCUACACGUGUACAGUCACUACCACGGGAAAAAUUGAGUUUAGUUCGGCUUCGCCGUCAGUUUUGCUAGCUCAUAGAAAUCGAGUAACGUUUAUCGAACUAUCCCAAGCAUUUAGAAUUGCCGUAUCGGGAGAUACUCAGGGCAUUUUGGUCAUAUGGGAUCUCAACAGUUUGACGUACGUUAGAUCAAUCAUUCGCGAAGAUCGCCAUCCCAUCACUUCAGUUUCGAUAAGUGAAACCUUGGGUGAUAUUGCCAUUGUGUAUCAAAUAUCCAACCAAAUUAAUGAUGGUGAUCAUAGGAUAGACAACCAAUCCGAAUUGAGAGUUUUUACUGUAAACGCAAGAGUUGUUGGUUCAGUCGUUUCGAAAAGAAGAAUAACCGCUCUCUGCUAUAGUAAUGCCGUUGAAGGUAUUUCAGUUAACGUCAUUGCAACUGGCUUGGACAAUGGAAUUAUCAGGCUUUGGAGCAGCUGGGACCUAAGAUUGGUUCGCGAAAUCAGCAGCGGCAAGGGAUGUGGAAGAAUCAUAGGGAUGACUUGGUCCUGUGAUCAACACCAUUUUUAUGCUUCAACAUCGGACUGUACGGUUAUUAUAUGGGAUGGUGACAAAAAAUUGCAUAAUGGUACACCGAAAUUUUUCAAUCUAGCAGCUAUUUAAAAAACUACGUCAUAAUGUU